ACACACGGGAGUAUAACAUAUGCAGUGCAACGCACCACUAAACAAUUAUCUAAAAUUAUAUCGAAAAUUUGUACGGAGUACACUUGAAGCAACUGAAAAAAAAGAGAAGUUCCAGUGUGGCGUAUUCCGGCGCUGUGGUUAAAAUUCCGGCUGUGCUCAUCCACGCGUUUCCUGAUCUCCGUAUUCAAUCAUCGAGAGCGAUAUAGAUUUGAUUUUAGAGGUUGGGUAAUAUGAGUGUGAUCGAUCUUCUCACCCGCGUUGACUCGAUCUGUAAGAAGUACGAAAAAUACGACAUCGAGAAGCACAAGAACUCUAAUAUCUCCGGCGACGACGCAUUUUCUCGCCUCUAUGCAGAAAUUGAAAGUGAUAUCGAAACCGCUCUUCAGAAAGCAGAGACUGAUGGGACUGAGAAGAGAAGCGCUUCUGUUGUAGCGAUUAAUGCGGAAAUCAGGAGAACGAAGGCGAUGUUACUGGAGAAGGUGCCCAAGUUGCAGAAUUUGGCUAAGAAGAAGGUCAAAGGUCUUUCAGGAGAAGAACUUGUUGUCCGUAAUGAUCUGGUUCUUGCAUUGCCUGAUAGGAUUAAUGCCAUCCCAGAUGGUUCUUCUGCUCCACCUAAGCAGUCUGGAGGGUGGGGAACUUCAGGCACUCGCACAGAAAUUAGAUUUGAUUCAAAUGGUCAGUAUGAUGCUGAUUUUUUCAAGCAAACAGAAGAGUCUAGUCAAUUCAGGCAAGAGUAUGAAAUGCGGAAAAUGAAACAGGACCAAGGUCUCUCAGUUAUAUCUGAAGGUUUGGAUACCUUGAAGGACAUGGCUCACAACAUGAAUGAGGAAUUCGACAGACAAGUCCCUCUCAUGGAUGAAAUUGACUCCAAGGUUAAAAGGUUGACAAGGCCACAUCUGACCUUAAGAAUACCAAUGUUAGGCUAAAGGAUACAGUCAACCAGCUACGCUCUAGUCGAAACUUCUGUGUUGACAUCAUUUUGCUCUGCAUAAUACUUGGAAUAGCUGCCUACUUAUAUAACGUUCUGAAGAAGUAAACACACACUGUGAAGCCUAUUUUACUGUUUAAUAUGAUAUUGCAUUCUGAUUUUCUUGUUGGUCUUUUCAUGUUGUGAAAGUCUUGCCAGUAUCUCUCUUAGCAGAAGUCAUCCACAAUUCUUACCCACACCUGAAUUCAAUUCCUUUUUUCCUUGCUUUUAAGUUGGGAUUCAUUCUGCUCCCGUGUGGCUGUGUAUGUGAUCUAACUGCUGGGCUUUCUGAGUCAUUGUGUAUUAUAAGAAGCGCUGUGUUGGUUUAUAUUGUUUGCAAGACAAAAUACAUUGGCCAUAUAUUGGUCCGGUUCUCAUUCAUGCCGGUUGUCCCAAAUAUGUCUAUUUAUUUGCUUUUCUUUGGAUAGCGUCCACUGCUACAACCGUGGUUCUAACUUAUGAGCUGCAUAAGGACGGAGCCAUGGAAAACAUUGACAUCCGAAAAUAGCAAGUUUUGUGUAAUUGGGAGGUUUUUGAAAAAGUUUUUCAUAGGGAGUACAAAAACCUAGAGAUGCUGUUGGUUGCCUAUUAAUUAGAUAUACAGCAGUUAAAAAGGCGUAUGACCAAUAUUUUAACGGCAUUGAAGAGUGGUGAAGUAAAGUGAUCCCUGUUUCUACAAUAUGACGAUGUCGGCGUUCAGCGAAGCCGUUAUGCUCAGGGGUAUAUGGAGGGGUCAGUAAGUGAGUAAUACCACAAGAGGCCAGAAAUUUCCCUAGGGAUAUGUAUUCACCCCCUCCAUCUGAAUAAACCAUUUUAAUAGAUUUUUGAAAAAAGUUUUCUACGAUCUUCUUAAAUUGUUGAAAAAUUGAAGUUACCUCAGACUUGUGAGUGAUAGUGUAAAACCAAAUGUAUUUUGUGUAGUGAUCAACAAAAAUAACAUAAUAACGAAAACCAUCCACAAAAUUAAUGUGUGAGGGACCCCAAACAUCUGUAUAAAUUAAAUCAAGUGGACCUGAACUUGAAAGGGAAGAUUUAGCAAAAGGUAACUUGUGACUUUUAUUACUUGCGCAUGAAGUGCAUAAGGACAAAUCCUUAUUAACAUCUUUAAAGGAAAUACCUAAUGAGGAAAUAACUUUUUGAGUGAUGGGAAGGGCAGGAUGUCCUAAACGACAAUGCCAUUUAUUUAGAGAAAAUUUUGUAGUAACAUUGACACAUGGUGAUGAAGGAACAUGAACAUCAGACAAGCUGUAGACGUCACCUUUAUUCAUACCCCGUAACAAAAUUGCUCCCGUUUUCCGGUCCUUGACAAGACAAAAAGAAGGGUGAAACUCGAUUAGUACAUCAUUGUCACGACAUAAUUUGGCAACUGAAAUUAAAUUAGUAUGAAUAGAAGGAACAAAAAGAGUAUUAGGUAAGGAGAGAGAAUGAAGGGUCAUAUUCCCAACUUGUGCAAUUUCAAGACUUUUACCGUUACCAAUAAUGAGG